AUGCUUGUUUUUUUUCUAUGUAUGGGAAUUAUCAUCUGUGGAGAUGUUAAAUUAUAUAGCAAAUACGAUACUUUGUUAUAAGAUAAGUUGUUAGUAUUAUAAAUGUUAUACAUUAGAUUGUUACUAAGAAUGGGUUAAUUUACAAAUAUGACUUAAAGUAUCAACAAAUAAGAUGGAGAUCAGAACUAGGUAUAUCACUCUAAUCAGAUGGUAUAUAGAAUGGAACUUACUUUAUGAAACCAUAUAAAGAUGGUUCAUUUCUAUUUUAUGAUGAUGGAUUUUAUGUAAUAAGAACAUCUAUAUUAGGAAAUACCUUCAGAAGAUUUAGAUAUAUUAUUUAAGACUUGUAGUAUGUUUUAAAAUUCACUUACCUAUAAUAAUGAAUUAAUGUAUUUUUUAGAUAUUGCUACAGGAAAUAUAAAAGAAUUGACUCAAUAUGAUAUUUAAUAGCUCUUAAGUUAACCAAAAAUGUAUGAAAAAGGAGUGUUAAUUCAUGUUAAAUAGAAGUUUAUUUCAGAUUUAGAGUAUGAAGAUUCUCAACAACAUAAUUCUAGAAUAUAAAUUAAUUUUUUACUUAAAUACUUACGUGGAGAUUUAACUUAAGCAAAAUAUUCUAAUUCUACUAUCAUUUAUAAAACUAAUACUGGAAUCUAAAUUCAAUGGUCUAAUAAAACACUUGAUCUCUAUUUAGAUGAUGAUGUAUUUGAAAUAUUUGAAUAUACACCAGAUGAAGGAUUAUAUUCAAUAGUAUUUUCUAAAGAUCAUACUAAAAAUACUGGUUUAACAGUAAUGUCUAUUGUUAAUAAUCAUUAUCAAUGUGAAAUAGAAGGACAAUGCUAAUAGGAUUCUAAUUCCAGUUCUCAUGCUUUAGGAGUCUAUAAAAAUACUCUAUUUAAACAAUGUUUGAAUUAAUUCUAAAAGAUUAAAUUUUAAACUUAAGUUGUUCUAUAUUAAUAAGAAAAAACAUCAGAAAAAGUGGAAUAAUGUUAGGUAGUUGAAAAUUACACUAAUCAAUUUUUAACUAUAUUAUUGUUAUCAAUGGUAAUAGCCUACAUACCUUUGCUUUCAUCUAAAAAAUAAAAACCUAAAGAGGUUGUUAUUGUUAAAGAACCAUAAGUUUAAUAUAUAUACAUAAAGUCUAAGGAAAUAUAAAUUAAUAAAGAACGAAUUCUUGGAGUUGGAAUCAAUGGAACUUAUGUAUAUGAAGGUAUAUUUCAAGGAAAAAUAGUAGCAGUCAAAGAAAUUAAUCUAAAGAAUCUAUAAAAUAAAUAUUUAGAGAAAUUACUUGAAGAAUCAAUAUCUAAAUAAAUGCUUUUAAAUUCUCCUUAAAUAAAUAAAUUAUUUUUUUUUGAGAAAAGAAAUGAUUAUCUAUAUUUGGCUAUGGAAAAAUGUAUAAUAAAUCUAAGAGAAUUUAUAAAAUAUGAAUCAUGUUCAAAAGUAAAUGAAACUUAAAAAAUUAAUAUUAAAUAAAUACUUUAAAAUCCAGAAUUUUAUAAGGAAGUUUUCUUAGAUCUUUUGAAUGCUAUAUAGACUUUGAUAGAAAAUAAUACUUAACAUCAUGGUAUAACUCCUGAUAAUGUUUUAUUCAGUUAAGAUUUAAAGAUAAAAUUAGCAGAUUUUGGACUAUCAACAUUAACAGAUUAUUAUUAAGAAAAUCUUAAUGAUAAAAAAGUAAUCAAGAAAAUUAAUUAUACACCUUUAUAGUAAUUAGGUCUGAUUUUUUAUUUCUUGUUAUCUAAAGGUGAUGAUAUUUCAUAAAAGUAAUGCAACUAAAUAUUUUUAGAUAAGUAAUUGAUAUGAAAUUUCUUAUAGAAAGAUUCAAAAAAUUUAAUAUAAAAGAAUUGGAAACCAAGGAUUUAUUGUUAAAACUUAUUUUAGAUUAAUCAAUAACAAAUCCUUAAAGUAUUUUUACACAUCCAUACUUUUGGACCAAAUAAAAAAAGCUAUCUUUCAUUUGUGAAUUUAGUGAUUAUGUAGAAACAUACCCUUUACCAAAUGAUCAAGUUUCAAUACAUGAAAGAUUUAUAACAAAUUCAGUUUUUAAAGAUAAUUGGGGAACAAGAUGUGGAAUGAUACUAAAAUGUUAAAUUAGAGGAUAUGAUCAAACAUAAGCUUAAUAACUAAUUAGAGUAUCAUUAAUAUAUUAAGAUAGCUUAUCCGUAAUACAAAAAAUCAUUAUCAUUAACUUACAGAAGAUUGUAAAUUACUUUUAGGACCAACCGAUGAAACUUGCUUUGAUUACUGGAGUAAACAAUUCCCAAAUCUUUUCUUUACGCUUUAUUAACAUGCCAUUGAAAAUAGUCUCAAUCUAUUAAGUUUAAAAUGAGA